AUGGAACCAUCCAGCUCUAAUACGGGCUUCUUCCAGGAGCUUCCGGAGCUCCCAAACCAAUUUUACGACGAUAUCAGUGUACAGCGUGUUCUGAAUCUGCUGAUCCCUGCCGACAUUCGCAACGAAGUCGAGCCUGAAAUCGCUCAGCUCGCGGACGAUGUCCUCGCACCGCACAUCUUUGACCUCAUUACCGACGCUGAGCGCAACCUGCCGUACCUGCGCGGUGGCGGACGCAAUGCCAUGGGCCGGCCAACGAGCGAACUCGUGACGGGCGAAGGCUGGCGCGGCCUGCAGGCGUUUGGGAUUGAGCGCGGCAUUGUGGCGUACAACUAUACACAAGACCAUGCGGCGUACGGCGCGCAUGCGCGUGUGCUGCAGAUGCUGCGGUGCCACCUGUGGGAGCCGUCGGGUGCGAGCACAACAUGCCCGGGAGCCAUGACGGACGGCGCGACACGGCUGCUGCAGCGGCAUCUGGCACUGGACGCCAAGACGUCGGCGUCGUCGGAGACCAAAAUGUCCGAGACGCAGCGCAGGGUACUCCAGAGUGCCUAUGACCGGCUGACAUCGCGCGAUCCAAAGCAGGCGUGGACGAGUGGACAGUGGAUGACAGAGCGGCCGGGCGGGUCGGACGUGUCGCAGACGGAGACGACGGCGACGUUUGUUGGGCAACAGCGACAGCACCAUGGUCAGGGCGCUGGUGAAGAUGUUGACGCGGACGGGCUGCCGCUGGGACCAUGGUCCAUUGACGGGUUCAAGUGGUUCUCGUCGGCCACAGAUGCGGGCAUGACGAUUCUGCUGGCGCGCACACAGCCAGGCAAAGGAUUGUCGGCGUUUUACGCGCCCAUGCGGCGGCGGCGUCCCGACUCGGCACCCGCCACAGAGGUCGCCACGGGCAGUCGCCGGAAGCAAACGCAAAACAACACAGAGCUCAACGGCGUGCGCAUCCAGCGUCUCAAGGACAAGUCGGGGACGCGGCCCGUGCCCACGGCCGAGCUGGAGUUGAAGGGCAUGCGCGCGUGGAUGAUCGGCCAGGAGGGCAAUGGCAUCCGCGAGAUUGCGACGGUGCUGGGCAUUACGCGCGUGCACUGCUCAAUUGCGUGUCUGGGCCUGGCGGGCCGCGGCUUGGCCGUGGCCAAGGCGUACUCGCUGAAGCGAACCAUCAGCGGCGCGGCGGGCGGCGCGUCGCGGCUGCUGCUGUAUCGCAGCCCACUUCACAUGCGCACGCUGGCCGACCUGACGAUUGACUACCAUGGACUCAUGCUGCUGACGUUUUACACGGCGCACAUUAUGGGCCUGGACGAGCGCCAAACGCCAAGCACAAGCAAGAGCGGAAAGCACGGCACUACUGGCGGUGCAGGCAGCGACCUCGUGCAUCCCCCAGCCCCGGCCGUGUCACCGCUGCUGCGCGCUCUCAGCUCGCUGCACAAGGCGUACGUCUGCAAGCAGUCGGUGCCGCUGCUGCAUUCCGUGUGCAUGGAGGCCCUGGGUGGCGUCGGCUACCUCAUGAAUACGGAGUCGGAGGCGCUCAACAUGGCACGGCUGUUCCGCGACGGCACCGUCAACGCCAUCUGGGAAGGCACAACGGAUGUGCUAAGUACGGACUUGGUGCGGACGCUGACGCACCGCAAGUCCGGCAGGGCCAGCCUGGAUGCGCUGGAGUGGCUGGUCAAGACGUCUGUGGUGGGCGACACGGUCGCCUCGUCGCUCUUGCUCCCGGCGUGGGCGGCCCUGCGUACGCGUAUUGAGACGACCUCGGCCGACAUCUUGCUGGCGGACGCGCGGUCGAUUUUGUUCAGCGCCGCCGAGGUUCUGAUUGCGGGCUUACUAUCGGCCGACGCACACAGCGACGGAUCAACAGCGGCUGCGGCGAUGAGCCAGCGGUACUUAUUGAGGAAGGGUUUCUUGGGCAGAGAUUCGGAUGCGGCUAAGGUGGCAGAAUCGGAUCCUAUUGAGCAGCGAUUGGCGAUUGACACGGCUAUUGUUUAUGGACCGAAAGGACCCAGCGGACCGAACGUGCAACAGGCGGCGAAGCUCUAG